GAAAUGGAAGAUUAGACUUUUGUUAUUUCUCUGUGAAUUUCUUUGGCCGGAAUCACAAAGAAAGGACAACAAUGCAGCUACAGAUCAUAGCAAGUAAACCCUUGCAUCCAUCCUUCUAAAAGCAGUACUCUCUCAUCAUGGCUUUCAAUAUUGCUUCUGCUGGAACUUCAGCAACUCUCCUUUCCUCUUCUAUCCUACUGCUCCUCUUCGUAUCAUGCUCCUCCACAAGCUUAACCAAUGUUCUAAAAUCUGGUGAAAAACUUGCCUCUGGGGAAUCCCUAUCAACAGGCAGCUAUAAAUUUGUAAUGCAGAGUGAUUGUAAUUUAGUGCUGUAUGACAAUGGUGAAGCCAUCUGGGCGUCGAACACCGUUGAAAUGGGCACCCAAUGUAGACUGCAACUGCAAUCUAAUGGUGAACUCAUCAUCUUCGCUGGUUUGGGCAAAAUGAUAUGGAGAAGCGAGACAGGAGGGGGAUAUGGCAAAUAUGCUCUUGUGCUCCAUUCAAAUGGAAAUGUUGUGGUAUACGAAAGCCCAACGUGGUCCAUCGGCGCGCUUGUUCAGAGUCAGAUCAGCCAUGGUUUAUCUAACUCGACGGAACCUGAUUCCAAGAACCCUUAAAAAGAUAUGAUGUUGGCCAUAAGUUGGUUUCUACACCGACCCACAUGCAUGUGUUACUUUAAAUAAGCGCUCCUAGCGUCUUCCUGUGAAGUUUUUAAGUUUGUGUCAGCACUGUCUGUCUGUCUGUGAGCUUAUUGAGAAGUGAUUGGUGGCUUCUAGCAAUGUUGUUUACA